CAGAGAGUAUCUCCAGAAUGAAGAAUUCAUUGUUCCAUUGUUCAUUGUGAAAUGUGGAGUUAAUGUAUGAUCAAUCAUUGGGUCGAAUUUAUUAGUCCUGAUCAUAUAUACUCAAUUUUCUAGCCUUUUUGCAUCGCUCCUACUCACCACCGCACCUUUGUACUCCACCAUCAACCUUUUCCUGCAAACCUCCGUAGCACAGCCAACAAAACAAUUGAAGUACAUGCUGCGGGAAGUAGCAGAUCGUUGGGCGCGUAAAAGGUAUUUUGGCUAGUAACCUUCUAGUCCUCUUCAUUCUUUAUUAUCAUUUCAAGGAUCUGCUCUAGCCUGCUAGAAAAGGGUAUAUCCUCACAAAAGGCAACAACAAGGUACCAUACUUCACUACCCUCCCUUACAUUAACCUGCAAAUCUAUGUAGCCGUCACUCAGGGCGUUGAUUUUGCCAUUGUUAAAGGCGUUGCGGGGUUGAUGUCAAAUUUGACAAUCGACGCUCACCGCCUAGAUAUCUCAGAGCUUACAAUGAAAUUUGCUAACAUCAUUGCUUUCAGUUUAUAUCCAUACGACUGCACUACUACUUAAAAAUCCAGAAGUCUCAAGAUGCACAUCAAAGACAUGCUCGCAGAGGCCGAGAGGUCGGGCAACCCCUCUUUUUCUUUCGAAUUCUUCCCACCGAAAACUGCUCAAGGUGUGCAAAAUCUUUACGAUCGAAUGGACCGCAUGCAUGGACUAGGUCCUAGCUUCAUUGAUAUCACUUGGGGCGCAGGUGGUCGACUCGCCCAAUUGACCUGCGAGAUGGUGGGAGUGGCUCAAUCGCAAUAUGGUUUGGAAACUUGCAUGCAUUUGACUUGUACCGAUAUGGGAAAAGAAAAGGUCGACGAAGCUCUCAGAAAUGCCUACAAAGCUGGAUGCACAAACAUUCUUGCUUUACGAGGAGACCCUCCGCGUGAAAAGGAGAAGUGGGAGGCGACCGAAGGAGGAUUUCAAUAUGCGAAAGACCUUGUUCACUAUAUUCGUCAGACGUACGGCAAUCAUUUCGAUAUAGGAGUUGCCGGGUAUCCCGAGGGUUGCGAUGACCAGGACGAUGAAGAUCUAUUACUAGACCACUUAAAGGAAAAGGUCGAUGCAGGUGCUACUUUCAUUGUUACACAAAUGUUCUACGAUGUCGAUAACUUCAUUGAUUGGCUGGGAAAAGUUAAAGCAAGAGGGGUUACCAUUCCUGUUAUUCCAGGUAUCAUGCCCAUCAACACAUAUGCAAGCUUUCUUCGAAGAUGCAACCACAUGGGGUGUAAGAUACCACCUAAAUGGAGUGUGGCUCUCGAAGCGGUCAAGAAUGACGAUGCUGCCGUGCGUAACAUUGGAAAGGAUCUGGUGGCUGAAAUGUGUCGUCGCAUUAUUCAAGCUGGAGUACAUCAUCUACAUUUUUACACUAUGAACCUAGCUCAGGCGACUCGCAUGGUGCUUGAAGAACUUAAUCUGACUCCAUCGACGCAACGUCCUUUGAAACACGCACUUCCUUGGAGACAGUCGCUUGGCCUUGGUCGUAGAGAGGAAGAUGUUCGCCCAAUUUUCUGGAAGAACCGAAACAAGUCUUAUGUGGCUAGAACUCAGGAUUGGGAUGAGUUUCCUAACGGUAGAUGGGGAGACUCGAGAUCUCCUGCUUUUGGCGAGUUGGAUGCUUAUGGAAUUGGGUUAAAGGGCAGCAAUGAACAAAACAUUAAACUGUGGGGUCAACCAAAGUCUAUCAAGGAUAUCGCCGAACUCUUCGUCAGUUAUCUUGGGAACGGCAUAGAAAGCCUUCCUUGGAGUGAAGCUCCAAUCUCAAGCGAAGCAGAUAUCAUUAAAUCUGAUUUGAUUGAGCUCAAUCGACGUGGAUUCCUUACCAUUAACUCUCAACCUGCUGUUGAUGGUGUCAAAUCAUCUGAUCCCGUGUAUGGUUGGGGACCUACAAAUGGUUAUGUUUACCAGAAAGCUUAUUUGGAACUCUUGGUCGCUCCAGAUAUGAUGCCAGAGUUAGUGCGUCGUAUUCAACACGACCCUGACCUAACAUACUAUGCUGUUAAGAAGACUGGAGAUUUGCAAACUAACGCACAGAGUGAUGGACCAAACGCUGUCACCUGGGGAGUAUUUCCCGGUAAAGAAAUUGUGCAACCUACCAUCGUCGAGACCAUCAGUUUCUUAGCUUGGAAAGAUGAGGCAUUCCGUCUGGGAACAGAUUGGGCUCACUGUCAUUCUGCACUUAGCCCAAGUCGUGGACUCAUUGAAUCCAUUAUGGAUUCAUGGUACCUUGUCAAUAUUGGUAAGCUAUUCUUUCUGUUCAAUCCUUAGAUGGCCACUGAUCUAACAUUAAUUUUAGUUCAUAACGACUUCCACAAGUCACAUGGGCUCUUCCCACUUUUCGAUGGGCUCACUGUUAAAAAUCUCGAAGAACCUUUCGAAACUUCCGAGAAUGGUGACGUUGAUGGUGUACGAUUUAUCGAACCCCAGUCCGUCCCACUAACAAACGGGCAGGCCAACGGUCAUUAAUACUUUCAACACGAUUUUACGAUUCAACAUGUAUGAGGAUGGGUCACUUUGGUUUUAUGGCAUUUAACAUUGCAUUUAGCGCUGGUGUUUAGGAAGGGCAAACUUCAACAAGUUUGGCGUUCAAAAAGGAUCUCAACGAUCCAAAAUGGUAUGGGUGGGGGUUUAAAAAGUGACAGCCGAUAUUUUUAAUGGUAUACGGACUUGUGAUAUCACUCACUGCCUUCAACGGCCUUUUAUAGAUGGGCGAAUGUUUAUAGUCCUUUUCAGUCGAUUGUUACAUCAUAUAUGAUAUAUCGAUUAAAUAAAGAUUUUUCGUUUUUAGAAUGAUUUGAGG